AUGACGUCCCUUGAUUUUCUUGCAAGCGAUAUUGUAUUUCCAUCCGAUUCAAACGAGCCCAAGCUGUCCGUCAAUGCCUCAUCUAAGCUACCCGACCCGGUCGAUUGGUCCCUCCAUGACUACUACAGCACAGCACUCGAAAAAACUUUUGUUCCGAUUCAUUCAUUGACAGACCUCCGCAAACUCGACCCGGUGCCACAAAAGGAAGCAUUUUAUGAGAUGCCAUCCUUCACCGUAUACAACAGCAACGGUCACAAUAAUCCAAAGCUGCAACUGUGCCAAGAUAAGAUGCUCUUGUUGCUAAGCAUCCGAAAGGCCGUAGCAGCAGCAUUGCCACCACAGCAGAAAGAACGGCAACAGCCAACAACAGCAGUAACGAAGCAACAGCACGCAAUAUUACCGUCCCACCCGCCCGCUUUGGAGGAUCCCAAAGAGAUCCGUGCGGCGCUCCGUGGUGCUCUGGAACUGACUCAAAAUGAUAUGCAGCACAACGGAUUUGCCCACCCGAGCACGGCGGCACGCAGCAGCAAGGAAUGGAAAUGGGAAGACGAGAUCUUGCACGACGCUUUGGAAUUUCCUGUGGCCCGUACUCCCAACAGCACCCGCAAUAACGACAACAGCUAUAAUAGCAGUGGUGCAGCCUAUCUCAUCGAUGAUGAUGAGGAUUAUGACCACGAUGAAAAUGAUGUAGCAUCUCUCCCUUACUGCAGCAGCAUUGAAGAUGAUGCAAGCUCCAUUGCAUACAGCAUGUCCUCGCAAGCCGCGCCACCCAUGCCCCUGAUAAUCAACCAUCAUUUCGAUGAUUCCACAUCUACUACCAGCUCCACUACAACCAACACCACUUUGGUAUCUUCACCAUCUUCAUCUGUCACAGCUGCAUCUUCGUCGCGAUGGUCAAAUGUCAUGGGUAAACUCAAGUCAAUUACCAAGCCAUUCAAGUCCCCCACGGACAAACGCUCUAGCAGCAGCAGCAACCAGGCCAAUAACAAUCAGCAACAAGGAGGCCUGCGGCGUUUCUUGCUCAAGCGCCAUCUACACUAA